GACCACUUGGCUCGAAGAUCCCUCAGUGUGAUCAUCGCGAUCGAAUCGCGACGAUCCCGUGGUUGCUAGCCCCAAUAGAUACGUGCUCCUUCGUUCUACGAAAAAAAAAGAAAUGAACUACUUAAUGCUGCACUGUUUUCGAGGAUAAAUAAAAUAUCACGUAUAAACAUUAAAAAAGAUUCAGAAAUAUAACUAUAAUACUACUGAAGGAUUAUUUUAUUACGAGACGAUGGAACAGUUAUAAUAUGUUUCAGUCCAAGUUCGUCAACGACAUUGUUCAAGUGUAAACCCGAAGAGACAACGAUUUUAUCAGAAUUUAUUAACAAUGGUGAAAGUGGGUUACGUUCUCGUCUUUGUCACCCUAUUGCUGAUGAUGUGGGCAUCCGUUGUCCGGAUGCACGAACUGCCCGUGCAAUAUCCGCCAUGUUUCUUCAAUCCCCUUUGCACCUGUUCGAAAGCGAUUCCCGAUCUCGGCAUAGUCACCUGCUACAAUGUACCGAUGCCGCGGAUACCUCAGCCAAUUAACUCCUCGAAGGUGUUCAUGCUUCAGAUAGAGAACAAUGGUCUGAUGUUUCUGCAACCGCAAUUCCUUAUGAACACAGGCCUAUACAACUUACGGAUCAAACAUAAUCCCUUGGCCGACAUCCCGGACGAAGCUUUCCUAGGGCUUGAGAGAUCGUUAUGGGAGCUCGAAUUACCCUACAAUCGCCUCGAGAGAGUACCCAGCAGGUCGUUCAGGCAUUUGCAAAAGUUGCAGCUUCUAGAUCUGACAGGCAACAAGAUAUCCAAGAUAGCCGCCGACAAUUGGCGCGGCCUGGAAAAUUCCUUACAGAAGCUGCGUUUGGGGCGUAACGCCAUUGAUCGACUUCCGGCGGACGCGUUUGCCGGCCUCACGUACUUGGACAUGCUGGAUCUGCGGGAUAAUAAUCUAAAAGAGAUCGAUCCAUCGGUGUUCAGAGAUGGCAUGGCCCAUUUGGUUCACCUUUACCUGAACGGUAAUCAACUGACUCAUAUCCCGUAUUCCCAGCUGUCGGCGCUAAAACGGAUGAAGGUGCUGGAUCUGAGCUUCAACAGGAUAUCGAAGAUGCUAAACACGCAACAGGAACCUGAAAUAAGGGGGCUCCAAAUGUCUUUGGAUACGCUACGUCUAGACUACAACCAGAUCGGGAUACUAAUGCCUGGGGACUUCCAACACUUUUUUAAAGUCAAUAAAACUUACCUCGACGGCAAUCCAUUGUACAUGGUCGAGGAGGGAGCAUUCCGAGAUUCCAAGAUAAAAGAACUUUAUUUUGCCGAUUGCGACCUUAUGGACGUAAGUUCAGCCAACUUCGUUGGCCUAGAAUCGUCCCUGGAGUUACUGGAUCUGUCUGGAAACAACAUCACCACUCUUCCAAGCCCCAUAUUCCAGGAAUACGAUUUUCUUCGAACAUUAAACUUCCGCGAGAACAAGAUCCAGACCUUCUCACCUGCCGAAGUGUUCAAUGGUUUCCAAUAUUCUUUGUACAAUCUGGACUUGAGCGGUAAGGAGAACAGUGUAGUGUCUCUUCAAGAUCUACGACAGAUGCGGAACAUGCGUUUCCUGUCGAUCUCGCGAAUGCCGCAGUCGACUUUAUCCCCGGAAGAUUUCAUGGAAUACGGAAUGGACAUCAAGGAGCUGCGUAUCGUGAAAAGUAACCUGAACACCAUCAAGAGCCACGCGUUCAUGCACGUUCGAGGGAUCAAGUACAUGGACUUCUCCGAGAAUUCAAUUUCCUCGAUGGAGAACGAAGCGUUUUCAGAGGUGGGCCAUUCGCUUCUGACGUUGAGAAUGUCACACGGUUUGUCGUCCUCUUUCUCCGAACUUCCAAAUGCACCCUUCAAAUUUUUAACGAAUUUGCAACACCUCGACUUCAGCAACAACAAAAUUAAAUCCAUGCCGGACACGUCGUUCCACUUCAUGAAGAGGAUUAAACGAAUCGAGUUGCAGGACAACGAAAUCGAUAGCAUUAGAAAAGGAACGUUCCAGGGUGACAUUCAUUCAACUCUCGAGGAUGUAAAUUUCGCGUACAAUAUGAUCAAAACGAUCCAAACACACACAUUCGUCGAUCUGCCGCGAUUAUCCACUAUAAAUUUAGAAGAUAACGCUAUAGACAGAAUAGAGAGACGAGCAUUCAUGAAUAUGAAGCUGCUGAAGUAUAUCAAUUUACGGGGGAACAAGAUAAAAGACAUCUCGGAUGAAGCGUUCCAGAAUCUUCCGGAUCUGGAGUUCCUGGAUCUGGCAUAUAACGACUUGACCGAGUUCGAUUUCGCUUCGUUUGAUCAAGUGGGAACCCUGUCGUCGUUUAAAGUGAACGCGAGCCACAACGAGAUCCCAAAACUGUGGAUCAAUAGCACUACGUUCACGCCGGCGACCACGAUUGGUGGCACAAUACAAUCGAACAUCAAGGUCCUCGAUCUCAGCUACAACAACAUCUCCGAUAUAAUGAAGUAUUAUUUCAAACCGGUAGAAUAUUCAUUGACGCACCUCUACCUGUCCCAUAAUCAAUUGGGCAACGUUACGCAAGGGGUCUUCGGAAACAUGCCUCAUCUUCAGUGGCUCGACUUGAACCACAAUGAGCUGAUGGAAAUCGAUUUUGACUGCUUUAGAAAUACAAAAAAUCUUCAAGUUUUGAUCUUGUCGUGGAACAAUAUCAUGGACAUUCCAGCAGAAGCGCUUAGACCCUUGAAGAAAUUGAGGAUCGUCGAUCUGUCUAACAAUAAGCUGAGAACACUGCCAGAUAAUAUAUUUUCUGAUUCUAAUAUAGAAAGUCUGGAUCUUUCUCAUAAUCAGUUCAUGAGACUUCCCAUCAAGGCCAUGUCUAUUUCUUCUGCUGCCAGCCUAUCCAUGCUAGACAUGUCUUGGAACACUUUGUCGGGAAUUCAUACCACUGAUGCUAUUUUCAGAUUACGAAGUCUAACGUGGUUGGACUUGUCCUACAAUCGAUUAGUCAGGCUCGAUGACGGUGUGUUUUCCGACAUGUCCUAUCUAACUCAUCUCGACUUAAGCCACAAUAAACAGCUGCUAUUGGAGUCGCGAGGAAGAACUUUCCACGGCUUAGAGGACUCUCUUCUUUAUCUAGAUUUGAGCAACAUUUCGCUCUUGAGUGUGCCGGAUUUGCCGCUGCGACGGCUGCAAACGUUGUACUUGGUGCACAACGAACUGGCAUCGAUACCGCCGGAAAUGGCGUCAAACUUGACAUCCCUGCACUACUUAGAUCUCAGUGCAAAUGAUCUGACAGUGGUGCCAUUGAUCACGCACACCCUACCGGAACUGAAAACCUUCAGUCUGGCAGAUAAUCCCAUUACCGCUGUCACUAACACCAGUUUCCUUGGGAUCGCGGAUAGCCUCGAGGAACUAGACAUAAGACGGCUAGCUUUGACGACUUUCGAAUCUGGAGCUCUCUGCAAAGCGACUAAACUUCGCAAACUAUAUAUAACUGCUUACAACGGCGUGAAGAAUUUCAACUUCCCCAACAUUCUCGAGUAUAAUCAUGGCCUGCGACAUUUAGUUAUCGACGUCCAAAAUGAUACCGAUUUGGAGAAAGAGAUGAAAGGGAAGUUCCCUUACAAAUUAUUUAAUAUUACCUUAACUGGGCAGUCUCUAAAGAACAUACACUCGGAUAUCCUGCAUGGAAUAAGAAGUCCUCAUCUUCAUUUCGGAAUGUACAACACCAGUGUGACUACUGUACCAAAGAAAAUGUUCGACAACGCGGAAUGGGUCAGAAAUGUGACGAUUCAUAUCCAUCACAGUGACGUAAGAACCCUUCACAAUCCGUCUAAUGGAUACAAGCCAGGAGUUCCUGGGAAACGGUUUCUUCUGAGACUUACAGUUAGGGGAAAUUACUUCACCUGCGACUGCGACAUUGGAUGGAUGGAAACGUGGCAAAGGAAGCACAGACAAUAUCAGGAAGAUCGUUGCAGCACUUACAGUGAGUUCAAGAAUUUCGAACGUAACGAAGAGGACGACGAAUUUGAAUGCUGGAACAACGAAUGGGACGAUGACCUUCGGGAAUCAUUUUGCUUGAAUAAGAACAAUGUGUCGGUGUUGGAGGCGUUGAAAACCGAUUUGGAAUGUGGGUGGGGCGCAGCGGGUUACAUCCAGGCACCGCAUCAUAUCCUUCUUCUUGUCUUCGUCGUUCUUGCAGCAGCGAUUUACUAAGCCUUGGCCACUAACAUUACAUGUUCUUCGAAUCAAUCACCGUUCCUUUUCUCGCGACACAGAACAGCUUAAAGUGCAAAUGUACCAAACACACCACCUCGCAACAAGAAAGAAUGAGUUACAGCUUUUCAUGCUAAAAACACUCUUUCCAACUGAAAGAUGUCAUAGAUGUGAUUAUAUUCCGGUUAGCUUUUAGAAAUGUAAAUAUUUCUAGAUUUCUAGCUUUAUUAGCUUUAAUCAAGAGGAAAAAAUAUUUCCUAUGUAUUCUUCUCCUGUAGAAAGAUAGGAAAACGUGCGUACGAAAUUUUGUUUACGCCAGUGUAUAUCGGCGACCAUUUUGUAACAGCAGGAGUAGAUCUGGGUAGAACCAACGGGUACGUAUGUAUUAUGUAUUUAUUUACAUUUACUGAAUAAAAGGUGUUAGUAUUAAUGGUAGAGGUAGGGUUUAUUUAUUUAUAAAUAAUUGUAAUAGCGUCUAAAUGCCGUGUACUAAUGUUAUUUAUUUCGUAUUUGUGAUCACUAUCUUUAAUUACCCUUGUUUUUAACGUUAAGGUUGCGAAUAUAAUCACAUCUAUGUUUAUUAUUAUUGUACUGAACAGCGAAAGACAGAUUUUGUUUGCACUUUAAUCCACUGCGACAGCGAGGAUACAAAGCUCUUGCACAUCCCCUCGUUACUUCGCGUUGAACAGCACGCUUUGAAUCAAUGAGACUGUCAGAUUAACGUUCAGAUACUCGUACAAAGUGUAAAUCGUCGGAAUCAACAGGAAUUGAGGUUUUACACUCUUCGUAGGAACUAGCGACUCUUAUUUACGAAUCAUUGUAUAAAACUAAAUUACCUUAACAUCGUACUUCUUUUCUUCGUGCCAUCGUAUCGUUCAACUAAGAGCUUGCGAAUCGAACAAUAUUUAUUUGAAACUUUUUUAAAGAAACCGAUUGAAAGUUAAAGCAAUAAAAACUAAAGAAAAUAUUUGAUUAUUUUUCGUGCCAGAAAAAAGCAUUGAAUUUCGAAAAAUUGUGCUUUUGUUGUACGAGUUACAGAGAAACGAGAAUUUUUUAUAUAUUUCUCUACGUUUCAGUGAUAAUUUUAAAUAACAGAUACUUUCCUUCGUUUUCAAGAUCUUAGUUGAACGCACGUGUCAAUGUUACGUUCAAUCGACUGAAUGUAAACCACGACCAAGUAAUGAAUUAUUCAAAUGAGUUAACAAAUAUUGUGGAUAAGACCAAGAACUCUCGUAGCUUUGAAGUACAUUUUCUCAAGUGGUGUUGUCACCCCUACUAAAUUCAACAGUGAACAGAUUUUAUACCUGUCUAUUAAAGCAGAAUAUUCGCUUGCAAGUACAUUAUGUCGACGCGGCAUUUUUUAAUAAAAUUGCACCAAAUACACGAGAAAUGUUUUCAUCAUUAUUUACAAUCCUUUGUCUACAAUA